AUGCUACCUGUGUCGGCUGGAAAGUUUUGUGAAAGCAGAGAGAUCCAGAAAUGCCUCUCAGAGAUUUCUUCAAAUGGGAGAAGGAGACUCAACAAGAGCAUCAAUCCAGAUGAAUGCUGGUUCCUCAAUGGAGCUUCUGUCCAGGCAGCAUCCUUUCUUGGGGACAGUCAGGGAGAAUGUGUGCAAAAGGACCUGCUGCUUGCUGCGAUGUCACCCAUCUGUCCCUGUGGUAUUGAGAACCGUUAUGGAUGUGUGUCUAGACUCGUGGCUGCAUUGCAAACUUAUGACCACCUACCAUUCCUUACAAAGCAGACACCAACCUUCACCAACUCCGAGCCUGGUGUGCUUAUUCAGGUUUAUGAGGGUGAGCGUGCCAUGACAAAGGACAACAACCUCCUGGGCAAGUUUGAGCUCACAGGGAUCCCUCCUGCUCCUCGUGGUGUUCCCCAGAUUGAAGUGACAUUUGAUAUUGAUGCCAAUGGAAUCCUUAAUGUCUCUGCUGUAGACAAGAGUACUGGCAAGGAGAACAAAAUCACCAUCACCAACGACAAGGGUCGGCUCAGUAAGGAGGACAUUGAACGCAUGGUUCAGGAAGCUGAGAAGUACAAGGCUGAAGACGACGUCCAACGUGACAAGGUAUCUGCUAAGAAUGGCCUGGAGUCAUAUGCUUUUAACAUGAAGUCCACUGUGGAGGAUGAAAAGCUUGCCGGCAAGAUCAGUGACGACGACAAGCAGAAGAUUCUGGACAAGUGCAACGAGGUCAUCAGCUGGCUUGACAAGAACCAGACUGCAGAGAAGGAUGAAUAUGAACACCAGCAACAGGAGCUGGAGAAGGUGUGUAACCCCAUCAUCACUAAGCUGUACCAGAGCGCUGGUGGGAUGCCCGGUGAAAUGCCAGGCGGCUUCCCUGGAGCUGGUGGCACUUCUACCAGUGGAGGAUCCUCUGGACCAACCAUCGAGGAAGUUGAUUAAUCGCAGUGUCUCAUUUAUAUGUCC